AACUUUGUUUGGAUAUCAAGUGGAGGCGUGGAAAUAAAUUAAUUUAAAAUUAAAAUUUUAACCUCUGAAAACAAGAACGAUGACAGACAGUGAGAAAGGUUAUCUAACGGAAGCAGAACCAGUUGCAAUCAUUCCUGCCGAUGAUGAGGGUGGCUCUAUAUUCCUUACUGGAGGCGGUGGGGAGUAUGUUUACCAGGAAACAAGUGAUUUUGAUGAAGUUGUUGAGGAUAUACCUGAAUCACUUCAUAUCAGACCACUUAAUGAAAAGAUUUCUCAUGAAGCGUUUCUGAAUAUCCUUCUCAACGAAAUGGUCCCAGUUGUAACAGGUCUUAUAGCAGUUAUGGGUUUACCUAGUUCUGGAAAAACGACCGUUUUGGAAUCAGUUCUCAGGCAAAAAAUAGAAUUGAAGCCAGAUGCAAAUGUAGGAUUUGACUAUUAUUUAAACAGAAAGAGAGAUGAGAAGUGUUUGUCGAUAUAUGAUUUAUGUGCCCUUGGCAGUUCACAGCAUAACAUGUACGCCUGGUCCUUUGCCACCAACCGUUUUGGGGCAAUUUAUUCGAUUCUUAGCCAUCUUGUUCGCCGGAAUCCAUGUAUAGCAGAUAUUGAGUUUGAAACAACCUGUCAAUCACCGAAAUAUGUCACAGACAUGGAUAAGCACGUUCGAUGGCUGCUGACCAGGACCCAAGAAUUAAUAAAGAGUAUUCAAAAUGAUCCUGGCAAGGUGACCCUUAUUCACGAUGGAGUCUCACUUAUUAACGUAAUCGACGUUGGUGUCAAUAAGGCUCUCUACCCAUUCCUAUCUAUGAUGUUGCUGCAUUGCCACAGACAUAUUCGUCUUGCUUUCUUCUCACUGGAUAGAGAUGUACCUAAUCUUGAAGAGAAACCCAAUCUGCCUCAUGACCUUUAUGGAAAAAGAAGGGAUGAUGUAUUAGUUAUGAGACAUAGAUCACGACUUACGUAUCUCCUUCAUUUUGCUACGGUUGGUUACACUCAGCAGCAGCGCAAUCAGGAAGAUGUACAGAAUGCCACUGUUAUGGUUGCAACAAGGAAUGAAUCGGCUACAGAUUCCAAGAUAGUGGCUGAAGCCAAAGAAAAAAUCUCUCAACAAGCACAAUCACGAGGCGUAGACCAGUUCCUAAAAAACUGGCUAGAAGUCAAUGUCAAUAAUGAUCAAUCCAUAAAGGAGCUUGGAGAGAAGAUAGAAGACCUCAUCAAAUACAAGUACAAGCAGCGUACCCUACUCCUUCCCCUCAGAUGGAUAGUCCUGAGGAGUCUAGUGGUAUCAUUUAAUAGUAGAGGAACAAAAUUUAUGAUUGUGCGUAGGAGUUUCAUUAUACACAGUGCCAAAGAGCUGAAUAUGAAAGAGACAGAGGUUGAUGAAUUUCUAAAAACAUUCACAGAUUUUGGCAGCAUUCUCUACAUGCCUCAGUAUGACAGUAUUAAAGAUAUUGUCAUUGUCAAUAUUUGGGAGUUCACUCAGUACCUAAACAAGCUUUAUUAUCCUCAGGAAGGAGAACCGUAUGCUUCCAAUUUGCUGAAGUAUGGAAUCAUAUCAGAGUCAUCCGUUAAAAAAAUUUUUUGCAAACAUCCUGAUAGUGCUGAAGAUUUUAUGACAGUUCUUACAACAAUUGCAAUGGCCUCUAAAAUUGAAAGUGGUCGGUCUAUCCUCAUUGAUGAUCACCAGCAACGUAAUGAGGUACACUAUUACUUACCAUUAGCAAGAACGCAUGAAGAAUAUAACCCACCAGACAAAGAGAAUGAUUAUGCUUUCAUUGAGAUAGAGAGUGUCAACUUCCCAGCCAAUGUACAAGCUUGCAUUAGCUAUGCCAUCAUGGAUAACAACAAAGAUGCUGCUCUUAUUGCUACAGAACACAGCAACGUCUCACGAUUUCUAUUCCAAUCUGAGAGUGGCCCUCCUAUUACAAUAGAGAUGAUAUACAAAGGAAGCAAAACAAGAUUAAGAAUACUGAACAGCUCUAGUGACACAUCUCUAGCAACCGUAGUUGAAGCAUGCAAAAAAGUGAUCACUGCUUCAUGUCGAUGUCUUCAAAGGAAAAUAAAUACAAUACGCGACCUCAAAUAUAGUUUUGCUGUUCCUUGCUGUAAAUCUCCUGAUGAUAAAUGUCAUUAUCUGUACUAUAAGCACAACCCUGAAUUCUGUGAUGCCUGUCCUGCUGAGAAUAAUUUUAGAUUAUACUGGAGUUCAGCAGCAAAACAGUGUAAAUUGCUAGAGAAAGAUAGUGAAGCAAGAAUGGAUAGAGAUAAUCUACUGAAAUCUCAGGAUAUUUCUAGUCUUAUUACAGAUGAUUAUGAUUUUAUUGCUUUAAAAAGAGCUCUGAACAUAGUUGAUGAUAGUGGUCUAUUGCCUGAAGUGAGUAGUCCAGAGGGCAAAAAGAAGGCUCUGAUGUUGAUGCUGCUAUUGUGGGAGAAACAAACAGACCAGCCUACUAAACAUGCCCUCUUGAAUUUACUGAACACAGAUGGGUGCUAUAGUAUUGCUAGGAAACUUGAAAUUCUCAUCACCGAACUUAAUUUAAAUUAAUAGAAUUGAACAUACACUCACUAAAUCUUGUAUUUUUGAAUUUUUUUAGAUCAUUCUUUUAAUGCAUUGUACUCAAUCUUAGAAUUUGCAUGUAA